AUGGCGUCGGCGAAAAAACGAGUGGAAAUGGCGAUGGCAUCGAAAGCGAAACUACAAACAACAACGAUGACGAGUACUCCGCACGUGCAAAUUAACACGCACGUCGAUGAUCCGCAGAAGUCGCUGGAGGAGCUCUUCACGGAAGGAAUGCGCACACACGGAAAGCACUUUGAACGGAAGAAGCCAAGUGUGCCGGCAUCAUUUAAUCAGCGACCGGUGUCAUCAUUGAAACCACAUGUUUCUUCCACAGAAGGAUCAAGCGAUGAUGGACUUGGCUCUAGUGGUCGACAAACUUUAAGUCCAAGUUCAGUCUCAUCCACACAGCUUAAUACAUCUUAUCAAGGACCUUAUCAUCCCAGACAAAGUUCUGCACCUGCACUAAUCAAUUACGAAGAUAAUAUUGAGCAUCACUCCAGUCGCUUGGCAUCUAGUAUAACACAUGCACCUUCCAAGUCGUUAAGUGUCAUGGCGGUAUCUAAUGUUGGUGAGCAGUACCAAGCUGCAUCUCAUCGAGCUGCCAAAAGUUGUGACUUAGAUUGUGAGCCUAGCAAACACUUCGAGCCAAAUUACACUCCGCAAGGACAGCCUUACUUUAUCGAUAAUACAACCGAAGUUACUUACUGGAGUGAGCCACGGGCCAAAAGUCAAUCAUUGGAUCCAAUGGCUUUGGUUGCCAGCGAGAGUCCAAUGAUGGAACGACAACAACAACAACAACAACAACAGCAGCAAUCUAUUUUACAGCCUACGGCACCUGUGUCGCAGACUGAAUUGGAUGAUGGAUUAGGACCUUUACCGGAUGGAUGGGCAAAACGUUAUGAUCAGAACGGUGAAGUUUACUUUGUAGAUCACAACAGUCGUGAAACAACCUGGUAUGACCCCAGAAUACCACCACAAUUGCAAGAAGAACGUAUAUGGCAAAGGCAUGGAUGUACAAGGCAGAAUACAGGUCAAAUUAGGAGAAAUGUUUAUGAAGUGUCACAGUUCUUUUCACGUGGACAUGGAUCAGAAAGUCUUUCUGGAUUUGCAUUACAUUCUUUUUGGUGUCUUGGUGCUGACCGUUUACCACAGGAUGAUUCAUCGGUUCGAAGACAACAACUACAGAUGGAACGGCGUGGUAUGCAAGAACGUCAACAGCAGCUUUACAGACAGGGCUGGAUUGGGCCACCAUGGCAGACCGCUCAGCAGCAGCCGCAGCCGCAGCAGCAGCAGGUUCCAGUACCUUCUAUGGUACAGCAACAACCUGAAAUCCCUGCGGUGCGGAAAGAUUCAAAAUUCGUAUCUGGUUACAACGAGUAUUACGUUUCCGGUCAAACAGUUGGCAAUGAUUUUCUUGGAAGAACUCCGUACUAUGCUCAUAAUAGGAAUGUAUCGAAUGAUUCAGCUGUAGACAAUACGAUGGAAAUCGAUUACGUAAACGUAGGUACCGUAAGUAUGGUUCCGUUACAAAGUGCUCAUGAAAUCGAUCCCAAUCUUGUGAGAGAAUUAAAUGCACAAGAUUUGAAUCCACGUGAUUUCGACCAGUAUCUUCAGCUAAAUGAUAACCGUUCAUCAGCAGCUGUUGCUAAGCCAUACAUGUGA